AUGUUUGCCGCUCGCCGUUCCAUCAACCUCUUCCAGAAGCGCGCCUUCUCGGCCUCCGCCAGCCAGGCCUCCAAGGUCACCGUCCUCGGUGCCGGCGGUGGCAUUGGCCAGCCUCUGUCCCUGCUGAUGAAGCUGAACCCCCGUGUCACUCAGCUCGCCCUCUACGAUAUCCGUGGUGGACCCGGUGUCGCUGCCGAUCUGAGCCACAUCAACACCAACAGCACCGUCACCGGCUACAGCCCCGACGAGGCUGGCCUCGCUGAUGCUCUCAAGGAUGCCGAGAUCGUCCUCAUCCCCGCCGGUGUUCCCCGCAAGCCCGGUAUGACCCGUGAUGACCUCUUCAACACCAACGCCUCCAUUGUCCGCGACCUCGCCAAGGCCGCCGCUAAGGCUUCCCCCAACGCCAACAUCCUGGUCAUCUCCAACCCCGUCAACUCCACCGUCCCUAUCGUCUCGGAGGUUUUCAAGGCCGCUGGUGUUUACAACCCCAAGCGCCUGUUCGGUGUUACCACCCUGGACGUUGUCCGCGCCUCGCGCUUCAUCUCUCAGGUCCAGAAGACCGACCCCAACGGCGAGAAGGUCCCCGUCAUUGGUGGCCACUCCGGUGUGACCAUCGUCCCCCUCCUCUCCCAGUCCAACCACGCCUCCCUCUCCGGCGAGGCCCGUGACGCUCUCGUCAACCGCAUCCAGUUCGGUGGUGAUGAGGUUGUCAAGGCCAAGGACGGUGCUGGCUCCGCCACCCUCUCCAUGGCCAUGGCCGGUGCUCGCUUCGCCGAGUCUCUCCUGCGCGCUGCUCAGGGCGAGAAGGGCAUCAUCGAGCCUACCUUUGUUGACUCCCCUCUCUUCAAGGACCAGGGCAUCGACUUCUUCGCUUCCCGCGUCGAGCUCGGCCCCAACGGUGCCGAGAAGAUCCACGAGGUUGGCCCCAUCAACGAGUACGAGCAGAAGCUCCUCGAUGCCUGCCUCGUUGACCUCAAGAAGAACAUCGAGAAGGGUGUUGCCUUCGUCAAGGCCAACCCGUAA